UUGUUUUUCCUCAGAAUCGUUCAAACCCCAAAGACACCCCGCUUUCUCUCUAAAUCUCUCGCUUGUCGCGUGCAUAGCAGAAAAAUGGAAGAAUCGAUUAUCUCCCUUAAUCUCUCUUUCUCUUGUAAUCCAUCGCUCUCAUCAUACUCGCAUCUCUCUCGUGAUCGUAUAAAGAGGAAAAAGUCCAUCCCUCUCUCGGCUGAUCAGUGCUCCCGACCACCUCCAUCGCAAGCCCUGUCGCACUUUUCCUUCCUCGCCACAGUCGUACCUUCGAGCGGCCAACCCCGGAACCAGCAGAGAAGGAGUGAUUGCGAGCAAGAGAUGCGAUCUAGGAGCCUCUGCC